CCCAAAUACCAUAGUUCCGCCCUGACUCCCUAAGUUCCGAUAACUUGCGACAACGGUCGAGACAUCCUCCCUCAAAAUGCUCUCAACUACCACCCUUAUCGCCCUCCUCGCUUCCCUCUCCCUUCCAGUCUCUGUCUCGGGCAAGACGAUCUCCCCCCUGACGUACCGUACGGACGCCCGGAACCAUACCUGUCAACUGUCUCUCCCCGAGACCGCCUGUAGGAACACGACGGCCGUGGAGGAUACCUGUUGUGGUGCAGCAGCAGCUUUGACUCUGUAUACUCAGUAUUGGGAUACCUAUACCGGGGCAGAGGAACAGGGGAUCGUGCUCCCCAAGAACAACUGGGGUGUGCACGGUGUUUGGGCCGAUUAUUGUGAUGGGACCUACCCGGGCUAUUGCGACUUGUCCAGACAAUACGACCCCGAACCCUCCCCCAACUACACCCAAGGGUACACCUACACCCCACCUCAAACCGUCGAACCGUUUACCGGUGGGGAUAUCGUCACCCCAACCUUGGAGUAUUUCGGAAAGAACGAUCUCUUGAGCUGGAUGAACAAGUAUUGGGUCAGCCGGGGCGGGAACAAUUACGUGUUCUGGUUGCACGAGUUUGCCAAACACGCUACCUGCUUCUCGACGUUCGACCUCAAGUGUUACGGGCCGACUUACGAGCAAGGACAAGAUCUCGUGGACUACUUCCAGACGGUAGCUGGUUUCGAGAUCAGGCACCCGACCUACGAAUGGCUAGCCAAAGCCGGGAUCAAACCCUCGAACACGACCACCUACACCCGGGCUCAGAUCGAGGACGCUCUCAUGGCCGGGUCGGGAGGGGUACCUUUCUUGGGAUGCCGAGGAGCUGACAGGACCACCUUGAACGAGAUCUGGUACUUCAACCACGCCGUCGGCCGGGUCCAAGACCUCACCUACAUCCCCGUCGACAAGAUCGGGAACUCUUCUUGUAACGCCACUGCCCCGAUUUGGUAUUACGAGAGGACGGCUGGGAGCGAGGCUUGAUAGAGAUACAACAUCGGUAUAUGUGGAAUUAGUAGCAAGGUGUUUGAUCGUUCCGUUCGAAUUUCCUGGCAGCCUGAGUGGUAGGCCAGAAGAAAAAGUGUUGGUUUUGUUUUGUAAAGAGAAGCGCAAGAAGAGAGAUCAUAAUACCCG